AUGAGUGACACUUGCUCUAGGCAGAUAACGUUAAAAGAUGUGAAUCAAGUAAAGGAAGUAAAAAGUAUAGGUAAAAGUAAGCAAAAAAAUAAGGGGAAUGUAGUUAACUUUUCUAAGAAUGAAUUAGUACAGAUGGGAAUAGGUUUUAUUACUGUAUUCAAAGCAGCAAUAGGAACAGGAAUAUUAUUUUCACCAAGAGGAGUAGUUAACACGGGAUACAUUUUGAGCGCGCUAAUCAUGUUUUACUAUUGGGUUUUGAAUGUGCUAUCUAUGUUACUUUUAAUGCAAUGCGCAGAUAGAGUAGAUGGGAACUACUCUUCUAUUGCUAUGUAUGCUAUGGGAAAAUUUGGAAAGUUUCUAUUAGAAUUUUCAUUAAUUUCAACUGCAAUUUCAUUCGGUUCAAUAUAUGUAACAUUUAUAACAAACAACAUACAAGAUAUUAUUGCAGGAAUUCACAAUUGCUCGCAAGAGUACCUAAACUACGGUUCGGCCCUAAUAACCUUCUUACAACUGAUUAUUUAUAUUCCAUUGGUAUCGGCUAGAAAAAUUCAGUCACUCGCUCCUAUUAUAUUAAUUUCAAACUUUGCUUUAAUAUCAGCAAUCACUUUAGUUCUUAUACAAUCAUUUCGCACAUUAAUCAGAAACCAUUCAAAUGGCUUUUUUUAUAGUAUUCCUUCAAUUUCAGACACAUCAAAUAUUCCGGGAUUUAUUGGAACAGCAGCAUAUUUAUGGGUAUGUGCUCCUGUUACACUUUCAUAUUAUAGUUCCAUCAAUAAUCAGAGAGAAAGAAGGUUUUUUACAUGGGUCUAUUUAUUUGCAAUUUUUGUGGUUUUUGCUUUUGCUCUCACAUUUACAUAUCUUUGUGCAUUUGCAUAUGGUGAAAGUACUCUUUCUGCAAUUACUUUAAACUUGCCGUUUACUCCAAUUGCUAUGGGAGGUAAAAUUCUCUAUUCAUUGAGUGUAUUACUAUCAUUACCAUUAAUGAUUUACCCUAUGAAAGAAAUUUUUGCGAAAUACUCAUUCGGAUUGUCACAAAAGAUUGUUUCAAGAUCUGAAAUUGAAAUGAUAGAGAUAAAUCAAAAUAAACAAGAAUUCCUAAAUAAUAGCAACUCAACAAUUUCAAUAGAAAAGAGUAAUAUGAGCGAACACUUGAUUCUAUCAUGCGAAGAACCUGCAACAGAUUCUUCCGUUGAAGUUCGUUCAUUUUCUUCAGACAUUGAUUACCCGAAUAAUUCUAAUUUAAAAGAAAUUCAUCAUUUUAAUCAGAAAGCAUUGAAAACCAACUUUUUUGAAGUUCAAAAAGAGAAUAUACUUCCAUCUUUUUGGAUGAUGAUAUCAUGCAUUUUUAUUACUUUUUUGGGCUAUAUUUUACAUGACUCACUCAGCAAUUUAAUUAAUUUGAUCGGAGGACUAUUUUGUGUUCCGUUAAACAUUUUACUCCCCGCAUUAUUUCAUUUCAUUAUUUUCAGAAAGGAAAUAGGAAUUCAAUUCAUUAUAAUCGAUUUUAUGCUUAUUAUCUCUGGUAUAUUUACUUCAAUUUUAGUAAUUUGGUACUCUAUACUAAAUUGGAGUAACGAAAAUCCAACAAUUUGUACUAUGAAAGAUUCCGAAGGGUUUAAUUAA